GCCGCGCAGGCCAAGCUUCUCUCGCGAGCUCGCUCGCUCUCAGCCGCCCUCCCGUCCGCACGUGACUCUCACCGCAGUUUGCCUAUUCACGCAGCCGAGAGCCGCAGGUCGUGGACUUUUGCCUCCUGCCCAACCAGCUCCAAUGGAUGCUCGCUUCAGAGGAGGCUAGAAAAAUGUGAGGGCCGGCCGGAAAAUGCGCGCGCUGGCCUGGCCGGCGGCGCGGCGGCCGCCAUCCUCGGGCCCCUCGCACAGUCUCUCGAGGACCCCGAUGGUGGAGGACGGCGUGUGCACCACCGAGGACGAGCUCAACUCUUCAGGCUCAGAGCUGGACGAGGCUGAGCAGCGCAGGGAGCUGCUCACAGACAAAUGGCGGCAGCUCUUCGACAAGUAUGACCCAGAGGGAUUUGGAGAAAUCCCGUGGGAUGAUUUCGUCGUCGCCCUCCACUCUCCGGAUUUUGUUUCGCAAGUGGAGCCGAACAAACGAGAAAUCCUGGCUGAAAAGGCGCAGCAGAGACUCACCUCCGCAAUCACCUUUCAGGACUUUGUCAAUGUGAUGACUGGAAAGAGGACUCGCAGCUUCAAAUGUGCGGUGCAUCAUCGUGACCGGGAGGUCAGCAGUGAAAACGACUUCCACCUUCUAAUCCAGGAGCCGCCGGUCUUCAGAAAAAUGGUGCGGAUCAUAGCGGACGAGUUCCUGACUGAGGAACGGGACAGAAAGUACUACGCAGACCACUACACAUGCUGUCCACCGCCACUUUUUGUCAUCUUCGUUACUCUUCUCGAGCUGUCCUUCUUCACGUACUACACGGUAGUGAUGGGCGAGGUGAACCCUUCAGGGCCGGUGCCAAUCGACAGCAUCUUCAUCUACAGGCCGGAUAAAAGGGCCGAGGUGUGGCGCUUCCUCUUUUACAUGGUUUUGCAUGCAGGGUGGUUGCAUUUGUUAUUCAAUCUGCUAGUCCAGGUCCUGGUGGGCCUGCCGCUUGAGAUGGUCCACGGAUCGCUCAGAAUUGGCGUUGUCUACAUGGCAGGCGUUUUAGCAGGUUCCUUGGGUACUUCGGUGUUCGACACAGAUGUCUAUUUGGUCGGCGCCUCAGGAGGAGUGUACGCCCUAUUGGCGGCUCACCUUGCAAACGUCCUGUUGAACUACAACAACAUGGAGUUUGGAAUUGUCAGACUGAUUGGAAUCUUUAUUGUUGCGAGUGCGGAUGUGGGCUUCGCGAUCUACGACCGGUACGCGUCGGAGCAGCUGGGGCCGCCGGUGUCGUACGUGGCGCACCUGACGGGGGCGCUGGCGGGCCUGACGAUCGGGCUGCUGGUGCUGAAGAACUUCGAGCAGAAGCUGCACGAGCAGCUCAUGUGGUGGGUGGCGCUGGGCGUGUACGCCGCCUGCACCAUCUUCGCCAUUCUGUUCAACGUGUCCAACCCGGAGCCCUGAUGGCGCGAGGGGCCGCCGGGCCUGCUGCUGCUGCCCCCCUGAUGGUGGCAGCACUGCGCUCUGGCCGACGCCGGGCCGCCGCCGCCCCUCGUGCACCAGGAGCCCUGAUCGUGAGACUUUAUUGCCAGCUAGUGAACCAAAGAACCUGCCUGCCCGCCACCUGCAACACGGACCCUCUGCCGCAGGGCGAAAGCGUGCGCGAGUGUGUACGUUCAUUUAUUAAUUAAUAUAUAUAUCGCGAGUGCGUCCAGUCCGUGAAACGAGAAUUGUGAUUUAUUUUAGGACCCUUUUAUUACGUGUCUAAUCGUAGACGAGGGACUCUCUCUGAUUGCCUGCAGACGCAAUGCAAAUGACCACUGAUUGCUGGGGUUUAUUUUCAAUUCUGUAUUGCCAUGUGGUAGUGUUUGAAGAUGCCGAUAGGUGGCGCCUUUGUAUUUUUUUCAAUUCACCAGUUGCAUAAACCCUAAGUGUUCGAAGCAGCCAACAGAUGGCGCCACCGUAGACUUUCGAUUUUAAGGCACUUCCGCUGCGAUUUCAGACUCAAUCUAGCUACCGUGCAUUCUUCAAUUAAUUUGAUAUUUUUUGACGUGCUGAAAACCAAAAUCGGUUCAGCCAAUCGCCGUAGAAUCGUGAAAAACUAUUUUUUGAAAUACAAAAAUAUUUUCCAACGUUUCUACGGCGAAUGGCUGAACCGAUUUUGGUUUUCAGCACGUCAAAAAAGCAAAUUAAUUAAAAAAAGCAAAACAGCUAGAUUGAGACUGAAAUCGCAGCGAAAAUGCCUUAAAAUUGCUUAAAACAAAAUUUUUAAGAAAGUCUGUGGUUGCGCCAUCUGUUGGCGGCUUCAAUAACUAAGGGUUUAUGCAACUGGUCAAUUUGGGCUUAAUCCACAGAUUUGUGAGAAUGUGGAAUUUUUUGUUUGAAAAUUUCAAUGCAAAGUAGAGCCCAAUCAAUUAAUUUUUAUUUUAUUUUAUAUUCCUGGGGAACGUCCUUUUAGUUAGGAAUUGCUAACUGUUAAUUUUCAUGCAGUUCCAGUGUGAUUUUAGAUUAAAUCUUGUUACCAUGCACUCCUAUGGUGUAUAGAGGUUUAAUUUGACGCGAGGAAAACCAAAAUGAUUUCAGCAAAUUGGGAAAGAAAUUUAAAAAUAAUUUCAAAUAUUAAAAUUUGCAGUGGUUUUCACCGUUACAAUAUUUUUACACCAAGAAUCAUCUUAGUUGUAGGAUUGAGUCUGAAAUCUCAUUAAAAUUACGCCCAAAAACUGUAAAUCCAUCAGUUAGCGGCUCCAAACUUCCCCAAAUUAACGAAUUAAAAUUAAAUUAAUAAGAAAUUUAACCCUGGUGCCACCUGUCGGCUUAUAAAGACACCUACCAUUGGCAAACAAACCGUGAAUUUCCUGUAUCUGUCUUAUUCGGUACGCAAUACACUCUGAGAGUCGGUGCUAAACUGCCAUGAUUGUUGACAUUUUCUCCGCAGAGGUGCUAAAAUAUUACAGCAAAAGCCAGCAGCAAUAUUGCUAAUCGUAAACACACACCCACUAUCACUCACUCUCUCGUAUUCAAUAUUACUAUUGUAAAGCAAAAAUAAUCACAAUAAACUGAAGCGUCCAUUAACUGCCUGUAGGAUUACAUUGUGACCACAGUUUCAAUUGCAAGAAAAUUAAAAAGCAGCUUCGUCCUACCUCAAAGAGAUAUUUAAAUGUAAUAUGAAUACUCGUCAAAAUUGUUGACUUUGCGCAUGAAAGUGUUGUUUGCAUCGUUCAAACAGGAAGAUCAUUAUGCUAUUAAUUUUUGCUACUUGCUAGUCUCUGAAAAGUAGAGAGCGCGAUCAUCAUAUAGCUAUAUAUUCCUUACCGCUGUUGCUCGACAGAUUUCGGUGUUAAUAACUCAUCUACAGAGAGCAUUCAAAUGAUGACUAUAUUCUGUCCAGUAAUUGCAAGGUUGAAAUUAAAUUCCUAUAAAAACAAA